UUUUUUCCAGAUCGUUUUAUAACUAAAUGAGAAUGGCGUCGGAACACGAUAAUAACGCCCCGCUCGACAAAAGAAUACUCCAAUGUCUCGUCCUAAUGAUUAAAGAACAAAGUACUCAGAAAGAAGUCUUGAACAAGCUUACCGCAGAUAUGGGACAAUUCCGUGAAAAUAUGUACGCAGAGUUCGAGAAGAUGCAAGAUUCGAUCGAUUUUAUAAAUAGAAAAUUGACGUCUGGUAAAAGAUGCGUAUGUGGCGGGGAUACAGGCGUAGUUUCACAACAAAAUGUGGGCACCAAACAUAAAACAAAAUCACGUCGACAAGGUCGUCAAUCUCCGGACAACUCUGACGAUGACACUGACCCUAACAUAAAUAUUGACCGUGGUAAACACAAGAAGCGCACAGAUAAGAGAGGAAUUGAUUCCUUCAGUAAAAAGCACAAUGGGCAAGAUUCCCCAGUACAACUAAAAUCUGAUCCUCCAGGAAAUGUGCUUAAACCAGUUGCUACAAGUAAGCGAAAUGUAAAUGGCAAUGCGACACUGUACAAUAUGUCAAAGGCUCCGCUCCCAAGUAAAGCCUUACUAAAGCCUCAGCCACAAGAAACUGAUUUUAUUGAACUCAUGAAAUCCCUGAAGGUCGAGGUCAACCCAGCAACCAUAGCAGCUGUCUCAUCAGCCGUUCAAAAGAAAGGAACCGGACGUGACUCACGACCACCAGCUUUACAUACUGUGGUCAUCGUUGACAUAUCUGAAAGUAUGAAGGGUAAACCGUUCGACACAGCUAAAUCAUUCGUCAAUACAGUCAUAGACGGUAUUGAUACAUCAGCCGGAGAAUUUGGUCUUGAAGAAUACAUAGCGGUUAUAACGUGCGGUCAGGCAACAGGUAUUGCCCAGCCAUUUACUAAUGACUAUGUUCAGGUCAGAAACACAUUAGACAGACUUGUACUGGGAGGAAGAACACCCCUGAUGACGUCAUUGACACUUGCAUUGUGCUACCUUGAACUACAAAGUGAAUGUGUGAAAGUUGGCACACAUAUUAUAAUGCCGAGAGUGAUAAUUGUGUCCGACUUUGAUGCUACGAUUGACACACAGUUUAAGGGGAGGGACGCCGACAACAGCGAGGACAGAAUUAAAGUACAGAGAGAGCUGUUCAAGUUAGGUCUUACAUAUAAGUCACGUGAAUAUGGCGUGUUUUGCGUUCCUAUUGGGGAGAGCAACCGUCCGGUGACGGAGGGCUUUAUUUCUAAAUGUGGUGGUGAGAUCGUGCCACAUAAAGGUGCACAAAACGUCGGGAACUAUUAUAGAUACCAGGUGACCAUUGGUCGAGCUUUGUUGAUUAUGACGAGGGUUUAAAAAAUAACCAAGAUUUGGAUGUGUAUUCGCUUUGUACAAAGCACCAUGCCGCAGACUGGUUUAGAUAAGAAGCAUGAGAAAGCCGUUGUUGCAUUGUUGGAAAAGGUUUUACAAAAAGAAGAUGGUUGAUAGACGAUUCAGAUGAAGAAGAAAUUGUUUCACCUACGGAGAAUAAAGAUAAUGGUAGCGGGAAAGCGAAAACAAAUUGUUUUGAUGAUGAUGAUGAUGAUGAUGAUGAUGAAGAAGAAGAAGAAGAAGAUGAAGAAGAAAAUGAUGAUCCACCAGAUCUUCCAGAAUGGGUGCCUACAAGAAAUGUGGACACUAUCGGAUUUGAGGAGCAAGGUGGGUUACCAUCGAUUGGUUUUCCCGUGUUGUUAGAGGUAAGACUUGAAAUGGGGGGACCAAGA